GAAGCCCGGCAGCUGCAAAGCAGUACGAGCGCUCGUUAUGAACGGUUCAUUCACAUGUCAUUUGCUCACAGUUAAGGACGUGUCGGUUGUUUGUGUUGCAUAUCGUAGCGAAGCAGCAGAGGCACGGCAACAUCGCCUCAUUUAUACGUGAGUGUAUUGUGUCGCGAUACGCGUGUGUAUAUAUCAUAUACAAAUGAUAGUAAAUAUUGGUUUUGCACAAUAAAUAAAGUGUGGGUGAACAGUUAAUUGAAAUUAUUUGGUUAAAACUAUAAAGUGUACCUGUUAGCACAGAAAAGGGAAAUGUCAGAAAAAUCAUCAGAAUUUUUGAAGAGAACUUGCCUUAUCUGCGGCUGCCAUACAAAUCAAACUAUCAACAUCUACGAGCCGAGAAGUGGGCCUAAUAUUGUCGAACUAAUUCAAGCGAAAUUCAAAUUUCAGCCUUUAAACGAGGAUAAAUACCUAUGUUUUAGUUGUAACAAUUGGCUGAUCAACUGGCACUCACUGCAAGCAUUAAACAGUAACGACGCAGAGAGCCCUUCUGGCACUUUUCGCCCACAAAUGAAUAGCAUGCUACACAAGGAGAAUGCAGAGAAUCAACCCCAACAAUCAAGGAAUAUGUGCCAUUGGCAGACGAAUGCACAUCUAUGCCGCCCAAUAGCCAAGGUUCUGCCGAGCAUUACAGCGAAAGCUCGUGAUAACGGUGUAAUGUGUGAAGUGCUAUUAACCAAAGAUACAAUGGCACAUUCAGUGCGAGAAGAAAGCUUAAAUGAAAAGAAAGGAGUAUAUACUAAGAUAUUUAAACCUAAAUGCCGUCAUAGAUUAUGUUAUGCCAAACCCAAAAGGUUGUCAAAAAAUUUGAGACUACGCCAAAAACACGUGCAGUACAAAACUUCCGUUGGUUGUAGUACUAACCAAGCUCACCAAGCCAACAACAAAUCAAUUGCGCUCUGUGAAGAGCAAAAUAUUGCCAAUGAUUUUGUGUAUAAUUCAAAUGAACAUAAAAAUAUAUUUACUAAACUCGACGAUCACGCUUUGGUUAUGGACAACAAUCACUGGUUAAAGCGUCCCUUGGUAGAUGGCAAAGUAGUCUCAAUGUUACGACGUCUCGGAACUACACUUUCCCAUGAAUUGCGGCAAAAAAGCACAAGCUCUUCAACGUUAUCGGUUACGCAAAUAAUGAGUCCUACCAAAUCAAAACCGCGUUGGACGCGCCAGCUGGAUGAGGAUGAAAUUUUACUCGACUUUAAUUCCGCAAUAUCGGAAGUACUGCCACAAGUAAUUGGAGCGCAACAACAACAAUUCGGCGACAAAUAUUGUGUGCCGGAAGUGAUGGCUGUGAAACAGGCAAGGCGAAAAUUAACGUAUCAAGUAUCAGUUGAUGAAGAUGUUAGUCAAUACAUUUACCCUGUGUUACCUGAAGGCCUGAGUAUUUCUUUAGUUUAAAUGGAGAAACUUACACUCGCUACAACCAGUCACGCAGUGGGAAGGAGAAGCAAAUUUGUAAAACAGUACAUACGUGUAUGUAUGUGAGAGUGUAUGUGUUAUUUCAAUUGUGGGCAUAUAUACUUAGAUACUGGUAGACUUUUGAUAACACAAA